CCUCCGUGACGUCAUUGAAAGCAGCAGCAUCAGCUGUUAGCUCCGCCGCCUGGAACAGCCUCUCCGCCGCUCCCCGCACAAAGACAACAUUUAUGAGAUCCCCUCCAAUCCCUGACAUGGCGACUCAGGAGGUACAGCUGAACGAGACUCUGACCCAUCUGAAAACCGAGUCUGAGACGCUGAAGACGAAGCUGGAGGAGGAGAGAGCGAAGCUGCACGACGUCGAGCUGCAUCAGGUGGCAGAGAAAGUGGAAGCUCUGGGUCAGUUUGUCAUGAAGACCCGCAGAACUCUGAAGGGCCAUGGCAACAAAGUGCUGUGCAUGGACUGGUGUAAAGAUAAGAGGAGGAUCGUCAGCUCCUCUCAGGAUGGAAAGGUGAUCGUGUGGGAUGCUUUCACCACCAACAAGGAGCACGCCGUGACGAUGCCUUGCACCUGGGUGAUGGCCUGCGCCUACGCUCCAUCCGGCUGCGCCGUUGCUUGUGGCGGCCUGGACAAUAAAUGCUCAGUGUAUCCUCUGUCCCUGGAUAAGAACGAGAACCUGGCUGCGAAGAAGAAGUCAGUGGCGAUGCACACAAACUACCUGUCUGCCUGCAGCUUCACCAACUCAGACAUGCAGAUCUUGACAUCCAGCGGUGAUGGAACCUGCGCAUUAUGGGAUGUUGAGAGUGGGCAGCUGCUGCAGAGCUUCCAUGGACACGCUGCAGAUGUGCUCUGUCUGGACCUCGCUCCAUCCGAGACUGGAAACACGUUUGUUUCAGGGGGCUGUGAUAAGAAGGCUAAUGUGUGGGACAUGCGUUCAGGGCAGUGCAUUCAGUCUUUUGAAACUCAUGAAUCUGACAUAAAUAGUGUGCGAUACUAUCCAAGUGGAGAUGCUUUUGCAUCUGGAUCAGACGAUGCUACAUGUCGUCUGUAUGACUUAAGGGCAGACAGAGAAGUGGCUAUUUAUUCCAAAGACAGCAUCAUAUUUGGGGUCUCCAGCGUUGAUUUCUCCCUCAGUGGUCGGUUACUGUUUGGUGGCUAUAACGACUACACCAUAAAUGUGUGGGAUGUUCUCAAAGGAACACGGGUCUCCAUUCUGUUUGGACAUGAGAACCGUGUCAGCACACUGCGUGUCUCCCCUGAUGGGACGGCCUUCUGCACAGGAUCUUGGGACCACACUCUGAGGAUCUGGGCCUAAGCAGCAAGCCAGGAUUAGUUUAGUGGACUCAUCUACUGAAGGCACACAGACGUUUCUGUUUGCUAGAGUACAAUCACAGAGAUAGAAACUCAGUUUUGGUUGUAGAUAGUACAUAUCAAUAGCACUGUAUAUACUCCAGUCAGGUCAGUAUAGAUUUAAAUAUUUUAAAGAGUAAAUAAACCAAAAGGCACGCUUGCAUUACAGUAUGACCGAAAUGAGAAAAAAAAAAAAAAGCACAGAAAUACUUAUCAUAGCUCAUGAUAUUUAAAAUUAUAUUGAAAAAAAUAUUAAUGGUAGUGACUUGCAUUGGUCUAGGGUAGACGUGGCAUAAAAAGUCAUGUAUUGUAUGUGCCCACAUAAAGGACAUUAUUUGUUUUCUUCACGAGUGAUAAAAAUAAUUAACGCAGUCUGAAGAGAAAAACCAAAUAAAGCAAAUAUGGCUCUUAGGAUAGGUGCAAGGGGGUUUCAUUGGGAGGAUAACAGUAAAUGUUGCUAGAAAUACACAUUAAAAUAAUAAUUAAUCAGUCCCAAGCCUAUUUAGGGAACUGGGCACGAGAAAGAACAGUUAAGAAUAAACAAAACUGCAUUUUUAUAUCAUUUUAUUAUUAUUGUAUAUUUAUUAUAUUAUAAGUUAAAAAAAAGAUACAAAUCUUCUCUAUUUCCAACAGCAGCUCGCCUGCUAAGAUUAUACUAAAGUAAACAAACAUUAACAGGUUGAUUUUAUUUUACUUUCUUAUCGGUGGUCUUGUUUUUUUAAUUUCUCAGUUGUGAAAAACACCACCUAAUUUUUGAGCAUUCAGUCACAUUAGAUAUUUUAUUUUUUGCAGUUUCAAUGAAGAAAGAAUAUGGGAAUGUACUUCCUCCUUUGCAGCUGUAAGGCUGUAAUUUAAUUUUGACUUUAAUUAUUUUAUUGUAGUUUAGUGUACAGAUAUACAACGGACUGUUAUUCAGAAUAUUCCAAACAUAAU